CUGCCGUGUGUCGGCGUCGCGGGAAUCACAAGCGCCGGGACGCGUACUCGAAAUUCUCGCGGAGCUUUUGGGUGAUUUAUCUGGUCGAACGGACGUAUGGUCUGCCGCGACUUUAAUUGGUCAUAUUUCUGCGGACGGACGUUUUGCGUUCGACUUUUUCUCGGCAGCAUCAUGUUGUUGUUUGCGGUCGUUGUCAUCGUUAUGGGAGAAUUAUGGAUAGGACGGGACAAUAAAACUGCUGUCGUAGCUCUUCAUGAUGCAACUUCGAAGAAAAUCGAGACUUUACCACUGGAUGCAUCCGAUUGCGAUUUCAUGCUGCCAGAUCUCUGCUUCUGGACAUCUGUGGAAUAUCGAACCAAGGAGAACAGACCAAGGACAGUUCUGGGGACACUUUCAAAUCCCAACUUGGUGAGGAAGUGCCCGGAUUAUGUACUCAGUUAUACAAUGAAACGUGGUCAAAAACGAUUUACCUUGCUGCCGCCUUCGAAGCGUGGAACACCCUGGCAACUCCAGACUUCGAGACCUCUGGAUAGAGACGUACCCACCAGCAAGGAACCCAUCUCAAUUACUUGUGUGAUAGAGGAUGGCAAAGAGAAUCGAAGGGAAAUAGACAAGAAUAUAACAGUCGAUGUUCUGGAUGUAGACGACAACUUACCAAUUCCUCAAGAAGCUGAGUAUAAUGUUGCUAUGGAGAGAAACAUCGUGCAAAAGGGACAUAAAAUAGAGCAUAGUAUCAUAUUUCAAGAUGCCGAUUCUUUGGCAGUGAACAAUUACACUUUUGGUGUUCUUCAUGAUACCAAUCAUAUAUUCAGGCCAAUCUGUGAUGAUUUUUCCCGAAAUGAUCGUAUCAUCGAGACGACAAUAAUCCAUUGCAAACUGGAAUUCGUAAAAGAUGCUCAUUUCCAGGACCAAAUAUAUUCAGUGGAAUUAAAGUUGGUUGAUGAGAGUUAUGAAGGGAAUUUAAGCAAAGAGGUCAAAGUCCCCAUCCACAUCCACUUCAACAACAUGUCUGCAUCGACCCCAGCAGCUCUGAAGAGGAGUUCUUUGCGGAGCUUGAAGCUGUAUCCUGUGCAGGAGUUGAGAAUUUUGAGAACCGCUGGUCCUUUUGCCAGGGUGGCACAGCCUAGGUCAUCCCUCAUGAACGGAACUAAAGAUUUUAAGAUUAAGGCCAGGAAAGGGAUGAAGAGCGUCUUCAAUAUCACGCAGACAGAAGGUAUAGUUUAUGUCUACGAUUACGUAGCACUCAGAAAGGCGAAGGAAUACAUUAUGUUGAACAUAACCUGGACCCGAAAUGGUAUCCAGGAAUACGAUGAAUUGGAGGUGAGGCUGGUUAACGAACCCAAAAAGAAUUGCGAGAACGUUUCAUUCUGGUACUUUUGUUCCGAGUUUGACAAUCACGAAGACUGUACUACCCAUACGAAUUGUGCUGUCGGAACUGGUGGAUACAAUGCUGUACAAAAUAGGGAUUCCGUAGGUUACCACAGGUGUGAAUGGAGAGGAGACAAAAACCCAUCUAAAUUUGUGAAAACUCCUUUUUACUCAACUUGCACACCUGACGUAAUGACCUGUCCAGAUGGUUUUUGCGAUUCAUUAGAAUACUUGAACCAUAGUUUGUGUCCACAAGAUUGCACAGAAAGUGUGGGUUUUCCGACAGAAAGAAACCCGAGAACUCACAGGGGUAUAGAGGUAGCAUCAGGAAUUUGCAUAUGUGAUUCAUUUGGGGCUUGCCAUUGCGGAAUUGGGGCUAAAACCAAGAAAAAGACGACGCUUCAUAAAGUGAUGGAUAACUCGACAACCCUGAAUGUGACCACAGGCGAAUUUUUCGGUCACGUAUCGAAAUGCGGUACUUUUUGCGUUAUCGGUCUAGUAGCUGCCGUUUUUGUGGUGGGUUCCAUUGUUUCUUUCAUAGUGCUCUGCUGGCGACUCAGUAGCGUUAAAAAGGACGUGCAUAAGAAAUUCGAAGACCAAGAAAUGAUGGCUACACUGUCUGAGUACACCAGGACCGAUGGGAACGAUAUGAAUCUGCCAAUUCAAUUCGACAUGGUCACUUCUCUGAUAGAUCAGAACAUCAUGAAUCUAUUGAAGAAGUACGAGCCCGACCCAAAAUGGGAGUUUCCAAGAACGCAGCUGCAAAUUGAAAAGACUUUAGGAGAAGGAGAGUUUGGACGUGUUCUGAGGGCUAAGGCUACAGACAUUAAUGGGCAGAGCGGAAUCACGACUGUGGCCGUGAAGACACUGAAGGAUGACGCUCGCGAGUCUGAGCUGAACGACCUCCUGUCCGAAUACCAACUGCUGAAGGAGGUCUCACAUCCCAACGUAAUCAAGUUACUCGGAGUCUGCACAACGCCUGGCGGGCCCAUUUAUCUGAUUAUAGAGUAUGCGGAACACGGAGCACUUCGGAAUUACUUGAGAAGGAGUCGGAAUAUAAGAAUCUCCCAGAUUUCCGAAACAUCGGAGCAAGAUCAGAAAACUUCCCAUUACGACGAACCAAAAACCAGCCAGAUAACAUCGAAGGAACUACUGUCUUUCGCUUGGCAAAUUUGCAACGGAAUGGCUUACCUUAGCAGCGUUAAGUUGGUCCAUCGGGAUCUGGCAGCAAGAAAUGUUCUUCUAGCGACAGACAAAAUCUGCAAAAUAUCCGAUUUUGGCCUGACCAGGGACAUAUAUGAGGAUAACGCCUACACUAAGCGAAGUAAAGGAAGAGUUCCUGUGAAAUGGAUGGCUCCAGAAUCUCUACAAGAUCACGUCUACACAACUAAAUCAGACGUUUGGAGCUUUGGGAUCCUGCUAUGGGAACUGGUCACUUUGGGGGCCUCACCAUACCCUGGCAUAGCAGUUCAAAACCUAUUCCAUUUGCUGAGACAAGGCUAUAGAAUGGAGCGACCUAAUAACUGCUCGGAAAAAUUAUAUCAGAUAAUGAGGAGUUGCUGGGAGAUCAAACCGGAGAAUAGACCACGUUUCAGUGACAUGGCCGGAGUUUUGGAAAAAAUGCUUGGAGAUGGCGUUGAUUACAUGGACCUAUCCGAUAACGUAAUCCAAAACAAGAGUUACUUCUUCUCUCCGUUUGACGACCUGGAAGAUAAACCAUCCAACAAAUUAAACUACUUGAAGAACAACGAUUCUGAGGAAAAAUGUGGUGAAACAGAAAAGUUUCUACCCCAUAUCGUGGAUACCCUAGAAAAGAAAGUUGUUCAAAAUGGUUAUGAGAAUACGAAUAACAUUCAUCAAGGAUACGAGAGCCCUGUGAACAUUCCACGAGCAGUAAAAACACCGUCAAAUGAAGACCCCCAAUAUUAUACGGAUAUGGCUAAAGGGAGUGAUUCAACGAAAUGAAAAACCAAAAUGAUUUUGUAUAGUGAGACUGGACUUCGAAUGAAUCGAGAAACGCUGUGAGAUGAAAGACAUUCCAUGUUGUAUAUUUGGAAAUCUUUCAAGAUUUCGUUGUUUUUA